GCGCAUUUCAUCAGUCCAGUCACCUUUCUUCUCCACACACACACACACACACAACACAACCCCCUUUUUUUGCAAUGGCUUCCGAAAAGCUCACCAUUUUGCUGGUUGGUUCUGGUGGUCGCGAACACGCUAUUGCUUGGCGUCUUGCCCAGUCUGAGCGUGUCGAGCAUAUCUAUGUGGCUCCCGGUAACGGCGGCACUGCCAUUGGCGAAAAGGUCACCAAUGUCAACAUUGGUGUCAGCGAUUUCCCAAAGUUGACCGAGUUCGCUCAACAGAAGAACGUUAACCUUGUUAUCCCCGGUCCUGAGCAACCUAGCGUUGAUGGUAUUCAAGCUGUCUUCAAGAAGAUUGGUGUCCCUUGCUUUGGACCUUCACCCAAGGCAGCCAUGAUGGAAGGCUCCAAGACUUUCUCCAAAGACUUUAUGAAAAAGCACAAUAUCCCCACAGCCGCAUACGAAAACUUCACCGACUACGAAAAGGCAAAGGCCUACAUUGAGUCUGUCGACCACAAUGUUGUAUUGAAAGCAUCGGGUUUGGCUGCUGGCAAGGGUGUCUUGAUCCCCACAACCAAACAAGAAGCGCUGGAUGGAUUGAAGAGUAUCAUGGUGGACAAGGAGUUUGGCGAGGCCGGCGACGAGGUUGUCGUUGAAGAGUUUUUGGAAGGCCAAGAGCUGUCUGUGUUGGCUUUUUCGGAUGGAUAUACCGUGAUUCCUUUACCUCCUGCUCAGGAUCACAAGCGUGCAUAUGAUGGUGACGAAGGACCCAACACCGGUGGUAUGGGCUGUUAUGCACCUACGCCCAUUGGUACUCCCGAAUUGAUUGAGCAGGUCAAACGUACCAUUCUUCAGCCUACGAUCGAUGGCAUGCGUCGCGAUGGGUUCCCGUUCAUCGGUAUGCUUUUCACUGGCUUGAUGUUGACAGCGUCGGGCCCCAAGGUCUUGGAAUACAAUGUCCGUUUCGGUGAUCCCGAGACUGAAGUUGUCCUGCCCUUGUUGAGCGACGAUUGUGAUUUGGCCGAAAUCAUGCUGGCUUGUGCUGAAGGACGCUUGGAUGCUGUUAGCAUCACCACCAAGCAGGCCUAUGGUGCUACUGUCAUCAUUGCCUCGGGCGGCUACCCAGGAAGUUACCCCAAGAACAAGGAAAUCACCAUCAAGGAGCUCCCUGCCGAUGUCUCUGUGUUCCAUGCCGGCACCAAGUUGGAGGACGGCAAGCUUUUGACGUCCGGUGGCCGUGUAUUGGCUGUCUCUGCCGUCGCCUCGACUUUACGUGAAGCUGUUGACAAGGCCUAUGCCGGUGUCAAGUGCAUCGAAUUCGAAGGCAUGUACUACCGCAAAGAUAUCGCCCACAGAGCAUUCAAGUAUGCUGAUGAACAACAACAACAAACCGGUCUUUCCUACGCCGCUGCUGGUGUCGAUAUCGACGCUGGUAACCUCCUCGUCGAAAAAAUCAAGCCCCUUGUCAAAUCAACCAAACGUAUUGGCGCUGACUCUGACAUUGGUGGUUUCGGUGGUCUCUUUGAUUUGAAGGCUGCCGGUUUCGUUGAUCCCAUUCUAGUCUCUGCCACCGAUGGUAUCGGUACCAAGCUCAAGAUUGCCCAAGCAUGCGGUAUCCACGAUACUGUCGGUAUCGACUUGGUCGCCAUGAACGUCAAUGACCUGAUCGUCCAGGGUGCCGAACCGCUGUUGUUUUUGGAUUACUUUGCAUGUGGCAAAUUAGAGGUCGAUGUUGCCAAGGACUUUGUUGCUGGUGUUGUUGAGGGCUGUCGCCAGUCCGGUGCUGCCUUGAUCGGUGGUGAAACGGCUGAAAUGCCUGGUUUGUAUGACUUGGGCGACUAUGACGGUGCCGGUUUCGCAGUGGGUGCAGUCGAACGUCCCAAGAUCUUGCCCCGUGCAGAUAACCCUAUCAAGGCCGGCGAUGUCUUGUUGGGUCUGGCUUCGUCGGGUGUUCACUCGAACGGUUUCUCGCUUGUCCGCAAGAUCAUCUCCACCCAGCCCGGUUUGUCGUACCAGGCACCUUGCCCAUGGAACAAGGACACCACCUUGGGCCGUGCCUUGUUGACUCCGACUCGUAUCUAUGUCAAGCAGUUGCUGCCUGCUAUUCGCAAGGACUUGGUCAAGGGCAUGGCCCACAUCACCGGUGGCGGUUUCAUUGACAACAUCCCUCGUGUCAUGCCCAAGGACCUUGGUGUCAAGUUGGAUGCCAAGUCGUGGCCAUUGCCCGCUAUCUUCCAAUGGCUCAAGCAAGCUGGUAACUUGUCCGCUUAUGAGAUGUCGCGCACGUUCAACUGUGGUAUUGGUAUGGUCGUUGUUGUUGAUGCUGGAUCUGUUGCUCAAGUCAAGAGCUUGUUGCAAGAGGCCAACGAAACCGUCUAUGAGAUCGGUCAGGUCGUUACCAAGGCCGACUUGAAUGGCGAAGAAGUUGUCGUUUCUAACGCUGAAUCCUGGUAAAAACAUUAAAAGCAAACUUCUUGUUGCUCUAUCUAUCAUCAUCAUCAUAUCUUUUUAUUUCUUUCACUAUUUCUUUACUGCAUCCUGAUGGAAAUGUUCUUAUAUAUUUGUACAUAACCAAUCCCAUAUUUCCAAAAAAAAGUUAUACUACUGCUACUCAAAUCUGUGUAUCUUUGAAUUAUGCCUUUGGGACUAUAAGUAUGUUUGCCACAUGAUAAGCGUAUCUUGAACCAGUUAUUCGGGUGUAUAAGGGCGAUUGGGCGUCGUGCUACUAAACAUCAUCAUCUUUUGUUUCCCCAACCUCACGAAUGUAAAUAUCAUCACCACAUGUUGAUGCUGCACUGAUUUAUCGUCACUUUAUGUAUAUUUAUGCACAAUGACGGGUAUUUCACCGCUCCAACUUCAUAUCGAUACCGCAAAUCCAUCUAUUUGAAC